GGUGGGGAUUUAUAGUGAGCGCUUUCUCUCAGUCUGUGAAUGCUUAGAGCACAUUUGACCAAAAGAAAGAAACACCCCGGAAACUACAGUCGUCCUUCCAGGAAUUUCUAUUAUUAUUAUUACUAUUAUUAAUAUUUUUUUUAAUGAGCAUCUUAGCCCAAUGAGCAACACCACCGAUGAGAGACUUUUUCGGACUGUAGUAUUUUCGGAUCGUGUCGUCUUCUAAUUGUUCAAGUGCUCUCGAAGCAAAUACGAUGGCACAGAAGGAUGGGAGUAUGGGGGGGGACAGUUUGGGGGUCAAAGCUGUCCCGACGGGCCCCACGCCGGGGGGCGGCGUGGUGGUGGAGGUCCGCGAGAAGAAGGGACCCCUGAGGGCCGCCAUACCUACGAUGCCUUUCCCUCUGGCGGUCAUAUGCCUCUUCCUCAACACCUUCAUACCUGGACUAGGUACCUUCAUCUCAGCCUUCACGGUGCUGUGCGGCGCUCGCAGCGACCUGGUGGCCGAGCGCGGCGCGUGCUGCGUCUUUUGGCUCAACGUGGCAGCCGCUCUCAUCCAGAUUGCGACGGCUGUCAUCAUGGUGGGCUGGAUCAUGAGCAUUUUCUGGGGCAUGGACAUGGUCAUCCUGGCAAGCUACAGAGAUCAGGGCGUUCCUCAGGACGUCUGAUAGAACUCAACAGUGUGAGCUCAAGUGGGGGGGAACCUGGACACCCCUACCCAAAACACGCCGGCAAACUUUCCUCCUUUAAACAAAGCAAAAGACCGGAGGCGUAUACGAGUUGGAGUAAAACAGAGGGCAUGAAUGUUAGCAAGCUUACGAGCUAACCGCGACACGCUAGCCGCGAGGCUAGGCGGGAACAAAUAGACACGCGUGUACUUCGGGAAAUAACCGUCAGUGGGGUUUUUUCGUUUUUAAACCAUAUAAUCUACAUCAACAAUUUCCAACCACUACCAAACGCAAAUGUUACAAAAAGGUAAAAUGUAGUGCCUUGACAUACCUUUAUGUGUUUCUUAAAAGAGUUGUGACAAUAUUCUACUUCGUUUGUGUUCGCAUGAUUGUAUUAUACUGUCCUCUGGUGGCCAGGUGGUGCACAGCAGAAGAAGCGGCAAUUUAAUUAAGUGAUUGUUUUUUUUUUUGUUUUACGUUUUUAUCAAGGAUAAUGAGGAAUUAUGUUUUCAGUAAUGAGCAUGGUCGUGGAAUUGUACAUAAUGUUUAUAUCGUCUUAAUUUGCGUCUAAAUUACGUUUUGUGAUGUUUUUGUAACUAGAGCCAACGUGCAGAUUAAUUGUACUAGUGGACGAUCAUUUAAUUGUCACUAUACAUCGCUGGCAAAGACAGAAGGAAAAAAAGGUAGAUUGUUUGAAGUAAAUCGCUAAUUGGCAAAAGAAUGAAGUGAAAUUUGAUUAUUUGGGUUGGGACUCACUGCUCAUCAAGGGCUUCUUACCAAUUCUUGCUUUUGUGUUGUUUUUUUGGGGGGGUUAGUAAAAUCUAAAUAAAAAAGGAACAGUGGCUUAUGAUACAAUAUUUCUGUAAAUGGUGCAUUCUGCUUAUUAAAUGACACACUUAACACCUU